CGGGCUCAGGUUCUGUGUCGGGUGCGCCUGGAAAUGUUGGUGGUGGAGCUAAUUUGGAGACUAGACAAGAAGAUUUGGAUUGAGAGCACCAUCGAUUCAGCAUGCCGCCAAAAGACAAAGAUCAUAAGGUCGAACGUCUAGAGGAGGCCAUGAAUAUCAAGAUGGGUCACUUUGAAUCUCGCAUCACCGAUGUGCACUCCAGUGUUGCGUCGAUUCAGAGGGAUGUUGCUACCAUGAUGGAAAAGAUGAUGGCGAUGAUGGAAUCGCAGCGUGCUCCAGGCCCCUCGCUACCUCCUGUGGCAGUCUUAGGUGAGAUUUCUUCUGCUUCCCAGUCGAAUCUUCACAGGGAAGGGAAGGCUCCACUCCUGGAUACCCAGAUGCUGCCGACGGUGACGGAAAUCAUUGAUGCGCCGUUACCACCGGACACACCACGGGGUGAAGCAAACUGCGCUCAGUUCAUCGCGGGUGCGGAUCUGACUUACCGGAAAAUCGAAAUGCCAGUCUUCGAGGGAUCCAACGUGGCGGGUUGGGUUGCAAGGGCUGAACGUUAUUUUCGGCUGGGUCAUGUUGCGCCGGCGGAGUGGCUCAAUCUCGCCUCCCUGAGCAUUGACGGCGAGGUACUCCACUGGUAUGAUUGGCAGUGUGGAAAUCGGCCGUUUACGGAUUGGUCGGAUUUCAAACAACGCCUGUUACGCCGUUUUGAUUAUCGUCUGAUGGGUUCUGUCGGUGCCCGACUGUUCUCCCUUCACCAACAAUCCUCGGUGCUUGAAUAUCUUCGCGGAUUUGAAGAACUCCUCGCCCAGCUGGUUGGCGUCCCAGAGUUUGUGUUAGAGUGCGGCUUCAAGAACGGGUUACGAGCGGAUCUCCGAAAUGGUAUUGAGGUUCUGAAUCCUCUGGGUCUUGAGGCUACGAUCGAGCUAGCGUUUCGUUUGGAGCGGACUAGCUACAACAUGGCGACCGAGCUGUCGAAAUCCUCUGAUCACCGGUCUUCGAAGCAGUCGCCAGGAGCGGUGGGGAACGCUUUCCGGACUGUGUCGAUUCCCACAGGUGGGGUCGGUGGUCAUCCUCGUGGACCCAGGGAUCGCCGCCACGAGUCGUUGGGCUUGCCUGCUUUAGGCCCAUUACCUGGGGCCCAAGUGGAGCCCACUUUUAUUCCUCCUAAGGGCACGUUUCGAAAGAUUUCUGAUACAGAAAUGGAGGACCGCCGAAAGCGAGGACUGUGUUUCCGUUGUGACGAAAAAUACUUUUUUGGUCACAAGUGCAAACUCAAGGAGCUUCAAGUUAUCGUGGUCCAAGAGGACGGCGAGACACUGUUGGCCGCCGAUGCUCACCCAGACCCCGUUCCGGAGGAGCCGCCGGUUGCGCCGGAAAUUGCUGAGUUAUCUCUCAACUUCGUCGUUGGUCUGACAUCGCCAAAGACGCUGAAGCUUCAAGGAUCCAUUUCGAAGCUACCUGUGAUUGUUAUGGUGGAUAGUGGAGCCACACAUAAUUUCAUUUCUUGGGAGGUGAUACGAAAACUUCGCAUUUGUCCGGAGACCACCACUGGCUAUGGAGUCUCGCUGGGUACAGGUCUGACAGUUCAAGGUGACGGUAUUUGCAAAGGCUUGUCUCUCAUUGUCCAAGAUUUCACAUUGGUGGCUGAUUUCCUUCCACUGAAGUUGGGGAGUGCCGAUGUGAUACUGGGGAUUCAGUGGUUGAGGACAUUGGGAAGGAUUUUGGUAGAUUUCGACAAAUUGGAACUUCGUUUCGGUGCCCCAGGACAUCAGGUUAUUCUCCGAGGCAAUCCUAACCUGCACUCGUCUUUGGUCACGUUCAAGUCUCUAUCAAAAUCGGUGCUCAAGGGAGAGGACAGCUACCUGAUCGAGAUGGGGGUGGUGACGAGUGAGUCGGAGUUUCCAAUUGCAGCACCGCCGGAGUUUCGGUCUGUUCUCGACAGAUUCGUCUCUGUUUUUCAAGCUCCUUCAGGUUUACCACCAGAGCGCACUAAGGACCAUCCGAUUCAGUUGCUACCAGGGGCGGGUCCAAUUUCAGUUCGCCCGUAUCGUUAUCCCCAUGCCCACAAGGAAGAAAUAGAGAAGCUAGUACGGGAAAUGCUGCAAGCAGGGAUUAUCCAACCCAGCCAUAGUCCGUUCUCCAGUCCAGUCUUGCUGGUGAAAAAGAAAGAUGGGAGCUGGAGGUUCUGUGUUGACUAUUGCGCCCUCAAUCGGGUUACGGUCCCCGACAAAUUUCCAAUCCCGAUGAUAGAUCAGCUGCUCGACGAAUUGUUCGGAGCUGUGAUAUUUUUAGGGGUGUAAAAUGGGCGGGUCGGGCCGGGUUCGGGCUGGGUUCAAUUCGGGCCUAGAAUUUUUCGGACCGGGCCAGCCCGCCCAUUUAUUUUUCGGGUCUAGGAUCGAUGGCCCGGAGCCCGGCCCUACAGGGCUUCGGGCGGGUUCGGGCCGGGCUUCGGGCUUUUUAUUAAAUAAAAAUAUUUUUUU